AUGGGAAAAGGAGCGAGCAACAGUCACAAACAGCUGAUUGAGACUUUCCUGCAAACCUACUACAGCGCCCUAAGCAGACAAUUGGAAGGUUUUCAUCGCUUCUAUGUAGACAAGGAAGGUCAGCUUACAUGUGAUUACGUUUUGCGUGGAGUGACCUUGCCGUGGAUCCCACUGCGCAGUGGGUCUCUGCCUGAGGAGGCACUGCCGGGGACACGUACCCCGGCAGCCGAGAGCCCUGGCGACGCUGCCCCAGCGGGCUGGAGCAGGGCUGAUGUACCUCACGCUUCUGUUGACGGUGGCUCUGGGUCGCCCGCUGAGUUUCGUAUCUCGGAGUUUAGUUUUGAUCCAAAGCAGAUGCCGCUUGAAACUGCGGUCGGACUGUUGCAAGCAGCGAUCCAGAGCGCGCUUCCAGCGGUUUACUACGAUAUUCGAAUCAGCUCGUACGAUGUGGAUGAAAUCACGAGCCCAGGUCACCCAGGUUCGGUGACAAGCGACGUGUACGUAGUAGCAGUCGGUUCCAUCCAUGUGUCGGAAGUGCCUCGUCCCGCAUGGAAUGCGGAGCCUGUGCCAGUGUCGCUGCUGAAAUACGUGGCGCUAUUCCCAUUCAUCCAGACGUUUAGGCUCAGGCUUAAGCAAGUGAAGGCGGAAAGCGACGAAAAAAAUGCUGCGUUCUUCAAUAACAAUCAGGAUGCGAUCCAUGUCUGGAUAUGUCACGAUGUGUUGCGUUAUUUAGACGGCAACAUUCUGAAUUGGUUGCCGCCCGCAACCCACACGAGCGAUGGUCAAAGUGAUUCCGUUCCACAAUUCUCGCGCGCUGGCCUCGACGCCGAGCAGGAGAGAGUGAUAAUGCCUGCAGCGCACCAGGGGCCGAUGUACCCGUUUGCACCAUCACCGCAACCGCUUUCGUACGCGGGCAACUUCCAGCGCACAGGCAUGAUGCCUUUUUUCCCGUACCCUUUCGGCACUCUGCCGAAUGCGCAUGUGCUGGCUUCAGCGGACGUGACCCGAAUGAUGCAGGGGCGCUACCAGAUGCCGGGUUUCAUACCACCACAGCCUGUCUAUGGGAUGAAUCCCGGUGCAGUACCAGCGAAUAUACCCAUGUCUUCCGGUGUGAAAGCAGCAGAUGACCUCCCAUUUGCUUGUACGAUUUGGGUUGGCGGCGUUCCUCCGGGGAGUACUGAAGAUCUGAUCCGCGCUGAAUUUUCUCGAUUUGGUCCAAUCCACAAGGUGGAUUAUCGUCCGAUGCGUGGUUUCGCAUUUAUUGUCUUUGUUUCGGAGAAGGCUCGCGAUCGAGCAAUCGAACAGUACCGAAGCGGUAACUUUGUUCCAACCACACGACAUUUCGAAAAUGCGCAUCUGAAAAUUGAUUACAAACGCGAGUUCGGGAAUCGUAGCAUGCACCCGAUCUACCGCGUGCCGUACCGCAUGCAGCCACGAAUUCCUCAGCCUGGUGUAGCCCAUCAGUUUGAGGUUGUCGCUCGUGGGGACUAUCCAGCGCCUCAGCAGGUAGCCUCAGUAGAAACCUCGCAAGAAAUUUACCCUGCGCCGGGCGAGAGCCCUGUGCGUGCACCAACUCUACCUUCCCGAUAG